UUUAAAUACAGAUUUGACAGAUCACAUUUUACUCCCAGGCACUAAGAAAAUAUUCUACCACAACCAGACUUGCAUUACUUCACCUCCAACUUGUAGCUAGUCCUAGUGCCCUCAGAUAAAAUGAACAAGCUAACACCUUUAUUAUUGUCAUGUAUACUUGUGCCAUGGGUGCUCUCAGCAACAGUCAAAAAAUUUGAUUGGAGUUUUGAAAACACAGAGGAGGCUGCCAUUUCACAUGAAGAGGACUCAGUACUGAAUAAUGAAGAAUUCUUGGAAGCUAAAAGGCCAGAGACGGAUGUCAUGAGUUUUCCUCAGUCAGACAUAGUUCCUGACGUAACACCACAACCAGAUUCAGAACUGCCAACUUGCCUCUUGUGUGUGUGCUUGACUGGCUCAGUGUAUUGUGAAGAAAUCCUCAUUGAUGUGGUUCCUACACUGCCAAAAGAGACAGCUUACCUGUAUGCACGCUACAACAAAAUUAAAAGGAUUAAGACAAACGAUUUUGUAAACUUUCCUACUUUGAAAAGAAUUGACCUGACUGGGAAUUUGAUUGAAGAGAUAGAAGAGGGUGCCUUCUCAAAGCUCCCACUGCUUGAGGAGCUUUCACUUGCUGAAAACAAAUUGACCAAACUUCCUGUCCUGCCUGCUAAACUGACUGUUUUCAAUGCAAAUUACAACAUGCUCAAAAGCAGAGGAGUGAAAUCAAAUGCUUUCAGGAAACUCACCAACUUGUCGUAUCUCUACCUAUCCAACAAUCAGCUGGACAGUGUGCCUCUUCACCUUCCCGAGAGCCUGCGCAUUCUACACAUGCAGAACAAUAACAUAACUUCAAUCUCAGACGAAACGUUCUGCAAGGGAAACAGCACCCUCUAUAUUCGUGAACAAAUGGAGGAGAUAAGACUCGAUGGUAAUCCAGUUUCGCUGGCCAAAUAUCCAAACAGCUUCAUCUGCUUGAAAAUGCUGCCUUUUGGAAGUUACUUUUAAACUAGCCUUGUAAAUAGAAAGGAGCCCCAUAAUCUAACCAGAGUAGGCUACAUGCAAGAUGCAUUUAAGACAGUAAGCACUUUGUCUUCGGUGUUUUAAAACUGUUGUUUAAAAUGUCAUGUUUUAAAAAAGAAAUACUAAUUGUUUGCACAACUGCUCAUUUUCAGAUGCAAGCAUCGUUUGUCAGGGUUGGCUUUAUGAACUCUUACAGUAUGUUUUGCAAUUUUAAUUUCACUUUUUGUUUGUUUUUGUUAACUUUAAAACAUAUUUCUGCACAGAGUUUGAACUCCUAAAUUCUUAUUUCACCUGUUAUUCCCUUUAAAGUACCUGUAAAACUAUUUCAGACCAAAUUACAGAAAACAACCAUAACUUCUAAGUACAUGCUUCAGUGUACUUAUCAUAAGUUUAUAAUGCCUUCCAACAUUACCUUCUUAUAGAAAGUGUAAAUACAUCAAUAUCCCGAACACCGCCGAUUUCACAAGUGCAUAAAGAGCACAAGGUAUAGUAAAAUACAUUAUUUUACCUCGUGGGCAUUACAACCAAAGCUUUGAGGUGGGAUUUAACCUUGAGCACUUAAAGUGUCAUAUAUGUAAUGUGAUUUGGCUUCUGAAAAUAAAAAGACAGUUACAUACUGCUUUCAAAUAAAUGUACAGCAGCAUGUAUUCAUUUACUUAGUAAUGUCAAACUUAAGUUUAGAAAUGGAAAUGAAUGCUGAUAUUAUCUCGCUGUCUGUGUCUCACUCUCUCUCUCUAUAUAUAAAUGAUAGAUAUAUAUAAAAUAAUAUCAGUGCUAUUUUUGGUUUUAAAAUUUGUAUGAACCCAUUCUUGUUAAAGUGUUGUAUUUGUAGAAAAUAACUACCUAUCACAAGCAUUAAGAUCUGCAGGGUGUAUAUAAAGUUUAUGUAAAGUAUGUUUUGUUCUUAAUUAUAAUUUUUUUUUUUUUUUUUUUUUUUUUUUAAUUAAGACCAUUAAAAUGGUAUUAUGUAUUGAAUUACUAAAGCAGCUGUACUGAAAGGUUAAAAAUGACUUAUUGGCUAUGUCUGUUGGCGUCCAGAAUCAGUCUGUGAUCCAAGUAAAUAAUGGAAUUCGGUCCAUAUUGCUUUUGUAGCUUGGUUUCCACGUCUUCGAAUUGCAAUCAGUUGAAGGAAUAAGUUCAUAUGCUGAUCCCUUUGCCAGUUUUCUACUCAUCAUACAAACCUCUACUGAAAUUAAUAUAAAAAUGUAAACAAUACCACAAAAAGGCAAUAAGCAAGGCCUUUGUUUUAUUUUCUCUUAUUCUGGGAAUAUCUGAUGACUGUUGAUCUAAUAAUUCAAGACAGGAAAACAACCUCAGAAAGUUGUAAAUCGUGCAUUUUACCGUUUUUUUAAAUAAAGUGUGAAAUACAAAGAACUCUGUAAUGAAGCUUAAUAACCAAGUACACUACUACCAAAUGUAAACUGUGAUUGUAAUGUUUAAUGAGUAGAUACCAUUGUAUGGGGUCUGGUGCAUUCACAUGCUACAAUGUAAUGAUUUCGUAACUGUUAAAUUACAGAAGCAAAAGAAGGCAAGGUCAGAGGAUCAUGCUUCCUCCCCUUGGAUCUUAACAGUCAAACAGAGUGCUGGAGAGGGUCUCAAAAGCGAUAAUCAAACAGAAAGGAUUGAGGGCAUCCCUGCCUAACACUACAGCAAGACAUUUGUGUUUAGUACAGACCGAGGCCAGAGGAGAGAUGGAAAUACACAAUCAAAACGUAUAAAUCUACCUGGUCUACAUAGAUUUUGGUUCAGGGAGAAGCGACUGAAGAUAACAGGCCAUGAGCAAUAAUCUUGAAAUCAACAUUAAGGAGGGAAAUAGGUCUAAAAUGACGUGAACAAGGGACUUCUUUAAGAAGCCACACAUAAAACCAAUUCUAAGACUCAACUCAGAAGGGGCUCAUAAAAUAUAGGUAUGUCAACAGGAAGUGAUGUCCCUCAAACUAUUUUUAUGAGAAAAAAAAGACCAGUCAGCAUGCUUGUAUGAAAGAUUUACAGAGCUACCUUAUUUAUGAAAACUAAAUGGCAAAUGGAAAAUACAAAUAAACAGGUUUUAACAACUACACAGAAUAAAGCUCAAAAGCCAAAAUGACAAUCAUUUUUUUAGAUUAACUAAGUUUACCAGUUUCACUUCUUUCUAGUUGUUUCGAGCUUCAGUUGUACCUACCAUCAAUAACACCACCUUAAAUCUCUUACCUGCUUCACAAGGGCAGGGGUUUGAAAAGCACACAUUUUUCCACAGUUAUUAUGGAAAAGUAAUUAACUCUUGUAAAAAAAACAAAACAAGUUAACUAGCCAAUUCUUCUUAAUUUCCGGAGUUCCUGGAAUGUUUUUAGUAGGAUCCAAUAAACUUUUGUCUAAAUCAACACAUUCCAUUAAAUUAAUAAGCCAUGAAAAAUGUGAGCAUAAAAAAAAAAAAAAACAA